AUGCAGAACGGUGGUGGUGUCGAGGAGUGGUGCGGAUGGGUGGCGGCGUGGGUUGAGUCGGAGGCCUUUGCGCGGGCCGGACGCUACGUAAUGGCCUUCGUGGGGCUCUACGUUCUGUUCUUCUACGUCAUCGGUCCGACCCUGCGCCGCCGCCUCUGGCGUCCCUCCCGCGCUCGCCUCGCCGGCAAGGUCGCCAUCGUCACUGGCGCCUCCCGCGGAGUGGGCAAGGGCAUUGCGCUCGGGCUGGGGGAGGCUGGUGCUACAGUCUACGUCACAGGGCGAACGUUGGACGAGGGCUCCAGCGCCCUGCCCGGCACCAUCAGCGAGACUGCCGAGACUGUGACGGAGUUGGGCGGCGAGGGCAUCGCAGUGCAGUGCGACCACGGGAACGACGUCGACGUGCAGAAGCUGGUGCAGCGGGUCAUCCGCGAGAAGGGGAGGAUCGACGUCCUGGUCAACAACGCCUUUGCCGCCCCCGAAGACGGCACCAAGACCUCCCAGCCCUUCUGGGAGCAGAAGUGGAACUACUGGGAUGUGAGUCAUAGGGUGGGUCUGCGCAGUCACUACGUGGCGUCGUGCCUGGUGGCCGAGCAGAUGGUGAAGCAGAAGUCGGGCCUCAUCGUCAACGUCUCCUCCGUGGGCGGGUCGCGAUACCUCUUCAACGUGGCGUAUGGCGUGGGCAAGGCGGCCGGCGAGCGGAUGGCGGCGGACAUGGCGCGGAUGGUGAAGACAGAGCGGUUCCUCUCGAAGCGCGAGGUGCUGGCGAACAAGUACAAGGUCGACGUCACCCGCGGCGGCGAGUCCGCCAUCUACUCCGGCCGAGCCGUCGCCGCGCUCGCUCAGGACAAAGGAAUGAUCAAGCAGACGGGGCGCAUGUUGAACGUGGCGGACCUGGCGUGGGAGCACGGCUUCACCGACAUCGACGGCCGCCAGCCCGCGCAGAUGUACAGCCUGCGCUUCCUCCUCGAGAACGCCUUCUACUACGCCCUCUACCGCCUGCGCGGCCCGCGACGGUAUUGA